AACGCAGACGUAUUGUUCCACUGAGUUCCAUGCCAUGCCUCUGGCACGUGAGAAAUAGCCAAUCGUAUAUGUUGUUACCUACUUGUAAUUCUUAUUUCAAGGGCGUAUCAACAAGCCGAGGAUCAAUUUAAAACUGAUUACCAAAUUUCUCAAAGAUGCUACGGUAGCCUAUAUUAUCUACAGCAUUAUAUUCUUUUUUUUCGCAGGUUUUUUCGGGCGACUUUACUCCGAGCGGCUUUCCGCCAUUGCACGUAUCAAGCUUAGGAAACAAUUUACAUAGGCAUAGCUAGCUUUACAAAAUACGGCAUUAUAGCAGUCGUUUAAAUUUUACUAGGCUACAAUUCAUAAAACAUGGCUUUUUUAAGUUCACAUACCUUGUGUUUGUGCAAAAGCCCGUUUGGAAAUCCAGCCAGACGCCCAACUGAGUAUUGCAGCCGUGACAGAAUUGUGCGGUUUGAAGCGACCUGUCUGUCUGACCUUUGGUGGAGACAUUGCGCACCUGUGUUUAACGACAAGAAUCGGAAUUUUUGCAUUUUGUUUUAAUGCCACCGCAAUAUCUGAAUACUUUAAUCAUCUGGUAAAAUACUGGGCCUAACGUUAGACUAACAGUAAAUUUGAAAUGCAAUGUCGCAAACUGGUCCAUCUGUAACGCCCUCCGCUUUGACCGAAGGUUUGCCUAUUUCAAGUUUAACUCUGUUGAUACUCUUACUAAUACCAUGCGUGGUUCUUCUCCUCUUAUUGAACUGCGUGAUACUGGGAUACAAAUUAUUCCUUUUUGCGAAGAGAAAGAGGGGUAGGCGACGUUUGAGCCCCGAAAGCACGCUUUUACAAUCAACGUUAUCAACAGAACAGAGAAUUACAAGAAUCUCGAUGCCUUCAUUCUCGAACAAAAAUGGGAAAAGAAACUUUAUAUCGGUUUCAGAGCCAAUGUUAGCGCACCCCGUGACUUCAUCCCUCACCUCUUCCAAAGAGCGGGCGGCCACGGCUCAGAGAUUCAGGGUCAUGGUGCCAGAUGGAACUAGACGAGGAGGAUCUGAGUAUUUGAAGGCACCAAGCACAAUACUAGCCACGAUGUCUACAACUGGCUCGACCUCGAGAGCCGACCUGCCCCGUAGGACAUGCAUGUACGCAAAGAGCGCGCUGGACUGGCGGAGAAGUGCACCUGUCUUACUGCAGUCCAGCGAUUCAGAGGCAGAUCGUCCUAACAGAGUGCCCCCAAAUUCCCCGGAGCUGAGUGCGCCGACUUUAGGGGACACCUCAGGGACCAUGCGUCGGAGCAGCACUAUGGAGUUGCUGAAUGAAAUUAAAAACACGAGUGUUAACCAUGUUGACUCGAAGCUGGAGUACGAGUAUGCCAGCAGUAUUCCCCCAGAGAGCCUGUGCUUUAUUGCGUCUGCCAACUCCUCCAUCGUGGGUCCUGGCUUAGACAGUGACUUCGGAGCCAGCGCAGGUGUUUCCCUGCGGAUCCUCUCGUCUGACAGUGAUGGCCUUUCCAAUGCAUUCUUAGGGUCAGGCCUUGAGUGGGACUACUAUGAUCCAAGUUAUGUGAGACAGAACCAUGUACCCAAACACCUGCAUCACAUGCCCACCGUCACCACCAAACAAUAUUGGGUUUGAUGUGCAUUUUAAAAAAAAAGAAGCUUUUUAUUACUUUUCCCUACGCACUUCACAUCAGAAUGUCACAAAUGGAAAAAAAUGUUAUGAUUUUGCCCACAAUAUAAUUUCAAAUGUCACGCCACUGUAAUAUACCUGUCACUGGCUGUUAUUAAAUUGAUUAUGAGACUGUCGCCUUAGCCACUUUUCACAGUAAUUCUAAAACAUUAUGUUCAUGUUAUACAUUUUUCCCCAGUUAAGAAAAAGUUGCACCAAAGCCCUUCAACUUUUGUUUGUUAUUAUAAACACCUUUUGUGUGCACAGACCGUUUUUUUUUUUUAGGUAUUUUCGGUUUCACACAUUUUCUAAGAUGACGUCUCUACAUUUGAUUUAUGCUCACGAUUUUGUUUUUUAAAUGAAUGUUCUUAUAACACGUACUUAGUUGUGGUUUUGAUUAUUUUUAAAUAAAAUACUUAAUUGUAAACUGUAUCCUACAACAUGUCUGUGUAUAAUAAAAAAUUUUAGCCAAAAAAAAAAA